UUUGUCAUCCUAUAUUUGAUGACAUUUGACACAUCAAGUUUCUAAGCAUUCCUGUCAAAGUUUUGUUUACAAAAACUCUUCACUCCUGCAUCUAUUGGAAACUAUGUUGCCCGGAAUCGGUGUAUUUGGAACCGGUGAAGUAGCCAAAGUCCUAGUGCCCCUUCUUCGUGAGAAAGGAUUCCACAUAGAAGCCAUUUGGGGGCGUACAAUCAAAGAAGCCGAAGAAUGCUCACGUCAGCUGGAAAUUCCGUUUUUCACGAAUCGCAUAGACGACGUAUUGCUCCGGAAGGACGUCGACUUGGUUUUUAUCAUUUGCCCGCCGUUCCUGCACUCUGAAAUCUCUGUGAAGGCGCUCGGCAUAGGAAAGCAUGUUGUAUGUGACAAACCCAUGGGAUUGGGUCAGGCAGAUGCCCUGAAAAUGGUUCGCGCGUCGCAGUACUAUCCUACGUUGAUUUCAUUAGUGAACUACUCACUGCGAUACCUGCCUGCGUUUACGCAUAUGAAACGUGCAAUUGUGGAAGGAAUCAUCGGUCCGGCGAGCGAGAUAUCGCUCGUUGAUGUUCGAGUGCAAAUGGGGUCAUUGUUACACGACAAAUUCGAUUGGAUGUGCGAUGCCUCGAUGGGUGGCGGCGCUCUAAAUCUGGUUGGAAGCCACGUUGUUGACUUGGUAACAUUCCUGCUUGGCAGGAAGGCGUUGCGGGUGCAUGGGCUCGUUCGAACCUACACGAAAACUACUGACAGCGUGAACGGAAUCCGGCAGAUCUCUGCUCCAGAUUUCUGUACAUUCCAAAUGGAGCUUGACAAUGGGGUACUGGCGACGGUAUCCCUGCACAGUCACACGGUCCCUUCGAAUGGGUUCCUUCAGGAGGUAAUGGUGUGCGGACGAGACGGUCACCUGAUAGUAAGGGGAGGGGAUCUAUUUGCUCUGAGGACCCGCACAGACGGUCCUACCAAGGAGGAUGCAAUCUAUGUGGACGUCCAAGACCUACAUUCAGCGGCGUCUGGUUCAUCAUUACCGCGACCAUAUGUGAAGGGUCUAUGUAAAAUGGUUGGGGCUCUUAAGGAGGCGUUUUCGCAGAAAGAAUCGACCUGGGUAAAAGAACCCGUUCAGGCGGCAGCCACAUUCGAAGAUGGACUCUAUGUUCAGGCCGUUCUGGAUGCAAUCCGCAAAUCGAGUGAGUCUCGGACGUGGACUAAGGUGGAAGUUACCUCAGAGUCGCCUACAAACCACGAGCAAAUUAUGCGUUUCGCGAGGAUGUCAGUGAUGUGAAAUUAAUUAGAAAUUAUUUGGGAGCUUAUCAUAUUUACCAUAAAUUAUUAUUAUUCAUUCUAUUUUGUACUUUAAAGUUUACGGAACCGCAAAUAAAUUCAUUACUAUAGCG